AGAUUCAGAUCGUGUUCCGUUAGCAUGAGUACAUAUUUAAAUGGUGGAUUUGUAAGAAAAGAAGGCGACAUCCGUAUGAUUUGAAGUUAAAGCGCUGUAGAUUCAUUUUAGUUCUUUUAAUUUAUAUAGUUAUUAUUUUGUUUAAAGAAGAUUAUUUAAAAAAAGCUACUUCUACACUUUCACUCAAAACUAUUGUUUAGCUGUAUAGCUAGCUAAUGCCUGAAGCCCUUUGAAACAAGCAUUUUUUUAAUGAAAUGGAAGGGAACCCUCGCUGCUAAUGUUGGCAGAAAAGAAAACAAUGUUUAACUGAUUAUUCAAGUAGAAACAAAUAUUCUUUUGUAGAAACAUAUGCACAUUUGAUAUCAAAUACAGUGAGUCCCUGCAAGAACCUGUGGACAAAAGAAAUACUGAUUUUACUGUGUCAAAAUGAACAAUUUUGGUGUUGGAUGCUUUCUUUCUAAGAACCUUUUAAUUUAUGGUAAGUUAAAGACAAAAAGUUCAGAUUUUGAAGUUCAUGAGAUUAAUCUAGAAGGGAAUAUUGCUGGAGUUCAAGACAGCGAUCAUAAACAAAUAAAGAUAACAGAAACAACUGAAAACAAAAAUUGUGCCAAUAAUGCAACAUGUGUGAAAAGCAACAGUGAUGUGUCAGAAAGAAAACAAUGCUCUGAGCCAUCAGUUGAAUGCUGGGGCAACAUUUUAAAGGAUGGUAUGAAAAGCUUAUCAGAUGUAAUUGGAGAUGACAACUUAAAACUGCUGACGCAAAUGGGUAAACACAGUAUGGAUAAAACUUUGGAUUUAGGAAUUUUUAAUGAUAAAGUCAAAAGAACAAUUAUACAUCAAUGCAUUCGUUACAAUUUUCCGUUUUUGAUCACGCACACUGUAAAGAGUGAGAACGAGACAAAACUAACAUGUUGUGUUGAUGCAGUAUAUCAAAGAAUGAUUGAAGUUGGCUUCACAGAAACAAUGGCAAGUGAUUUGAUAAAAUUUGUAAACUGCCGUUCGCUUUGGUGCUUGGAAAAUUUGGACAAAGCCGGUUUAAAUAUUGAUGUUCAUACGUUCACUAGAGAGAAAAGAAAAGCCUUGCAUCACUUUAUAAACAAACAUUAUGGCAAACUAAUUGAGAGUAAAACUAUAUUAUUCAAUCACAGAACAGUAAUUUCUAUUCGUUUUAAAGAACGAAAAAAUUCUCAAUGUACUAAUGAAAGAAAAAGGAAAUGCAAUGAAGAUAUUGUUAUAGUUACGUUAUUUAAAAACAACAUUGAGCUCUUGACUGUGCUGCAAAAACUCGCUACACAACUUGGUGUGCAGCUAUCAAAUAUAAAGUAUGCAGGUAUCAAAGACAAGAAAGCUGUAACGUAUCAGUUUGUUUCAAUAGCUGGUGUUACUAAGCAAGUUAUUCAGGAUGUCAUCAAAGAACAGUUUGAUAAUUGGUACAUUUGCCAUCCCAAGGUUACGUCUUCUCACCUGCAACUGGGUGAUCUUCAAGGAAAUCGUUUUAAGAUUGUUAUUAGAAAUCUUAUUACAGAAACCACUUCACAAAGUAGUAACGGGGAAUAUCAAACACAACGACAGGCGCUGUAUUCAAUAAUUAACCAAUCUGUGAUGAACGUCAUUUCGGAAGGAUUUAUUAAUUAUUUCGGUGAACAAAGAUUCGGCUAUGAUCAGACUGCUGCACGUAUUGGAUUAGCUUUGUUGAGAGAGAAUUACAUGCAAGCUGUAGAUUUGCUUCUCAGUCCUAAGCCUUCAAGUGAAAGUGAAGAAGAUAACGUAGUCGAAGCGAGUAAGCGCUGUUUUGUCGACACUCACAAUGCUAAGGAGACUUUAAGAACAAUGCCCACGUAUAAAACGCGGGAACGGCUCGUUUUGCAAGCUUUAAAUAGAUACUCCUAUUCUGACGAGGGUUGCUUGAAAGCGUUUUUGAAUAUUCCCUACGCCAUGAGAUUGUUUUUUGUGCACAGUUAUUGUAGUUUGAUAUGGAAUAAAGUUAUAACUGAGCGCAUCCUUAAGCAUGGUUUUAAAAUAUUACCUGGAGAUUUUGUAAACAAAGAUGGAAAUAAUGUUAAGAUAAAUGCAGAUGAUAUUUACUUAAAAAGGUAUACGAUAUCCGACGUCGUUUUGCCAUUGCCGGGAUCCUCGAUUGCAUUUCCUGAAAACGCAACUAAUGAUAUUUAUCAUAAUCUUUUAAGCAUUGACAGGAUUGAUAAAACUUCUUUUAAGCUAAAGAAGUUAGGUUUUAACGUUCAAGGCAGUUACCGGAAUAUAAUUGUGAAACCGAGCAACUUAACUUGGGAGCUGCCACAUUCUUCUUCUAUGGAAGAUAAAUCGGAAGUUGGUUUGUUGUUGGAAUUUGAUUUGCCUUCUUCCAGUUACGCAACUAUGAUGAUUAGAGAAUUAAUGCAUAAUGGGUAGCCGCUAAAUGCAUGAUGUUUUCUUAUUUUGUUUUUGUUUUUUUGUUUUUUUUAAUCGCAGCUCUUUGCAUUAUAAGGUAAUUUUCACUUAAAAGCGUUUAAGCAAGAAGGAUAUUUCGCUUAUUAAUUUCAAGUCGUUCCAAAAAAUGCAAGAAAUUGCGUUAAUUUCAAACGAUAGAAAAGCCAACGAAAUUUUAAUUUUAUAGUGGUUUCAUUGGUCAAUAUUCUUUGAGAAAUUAUGACCCUUGUUAGCUGACUUUCUCUCGACACUAAGCUCUCACAAGCAGAAGAUUAUAUUUGCAUAAAUUAAUGCGAUAUCUUCUGGGAUGCUAAUUUUACAUAUUGUAUUUUUGUAUUUACAUGAUACGAAAAUGUAUAUUUUUCAAGAGAUUGUCGUUUAGUUAUCAAAACUGAAGCAAAUUUCUACAUUUACGAAAAAAAAUUCUUUCCGAUUACCAUUUAUUUUAUAAUUUCAUUUUGACAUAUCGAGCUGUUUUGCAUAAGUACUUGAUGUAUUUUACAUUUAAAUUAGACGUAUAUUUUGUGGCGUUUAUUAGAGCGUGUUUUGUACCAAAACUGUGCAGAAUUCUUUUUAAACCCAUUUUUUAGUUAACUACAGGGCAGUCAAUUAAAUUUGGUGUUACGUCAGGUCUGUUUUUAUGGUGACCUUCCCCCUCUGGCUAGCCCCCCAAAAGCCCGGCCAUGAAUUGGGCUAGCACCAAAUUUAACUUAAUUUUUUUUUCUUAAUUUAAUGUCUUUUUAACAUAAAGUAACAAAGAUUUAUUCUUCUGUAUAUGAGAAAUUUAAAACCGAGUAAAAUCAAGCUAUAGACCCAGGAUGUCUAACCAGACUUUGAUGACCUUAAAAUUAGAUUAGGUGACCUUAAAAAUCUUGAAUAUCCAUCAUUCUCUGGGAUCUUGUAUACUUUGCGAUCUUUUGUUCGAAACAUAUUCUCGCGCUGAAGUAGCCAUCGAGUUUAUUUCAAAUAGCGUAUGGCAAUUCAGAUAAAGCAAAUACUCUAAGGACAAAA